CUUAUCGCAGAUUGUGUACUCUACUAGAAUGUAAAUAUAUCAAUAUUGUGCAUACUUCAAUUCAUCCCAGCGACCACACUCGCUAUCAACACAAUUUGGAAGAUGGCUGCGGUCCAUUUUGCUUUGUUUUUCGUUUUUAUUACGCUUCUUCGUGACUCAAUGUCCCACGUCGAUGCAUUCCAGUGCGGCAAAGUCGAUCGUCUAGCCGGUUACGUAAUCAACGCCGAAGAGACGGAAAACGUUUGGCCGUGGCAUGUGGCGGUGUAUAAUGCCACCAACAAUUACAUCGCCGGCGGUACGAUCAUUAGCGAAUCGUUCGUGCUAACCGCGGCCCAUGUCACCUUCCGGAAGCAACACAUCGCCCUCAUACCGGCGGAUUUGUACGUCGUGAUGGGGAUCAAGGAUCUGUCGAACCCGCAGAAUUACACCCGCUACGGAAAUGUUUCGAAGAUCAUCCGAUAUCCGAACUAUGAUACCGAGCGGAUGGUGAACGAUUUGGCUCUGCUAAGGCUGACGGAGAAAAUUCAAUUCAGCAUGCACAUUUCGCCGAUUUGUCUGUGGCCAGUGGGUGGACCGGAUUUGGAGAAGCUUGCGUUGGAACAGCGAGGUACGGUGGUCGGCUGGGGCUUUACGGAGAACAGUACCAUAUCGCAGGUCCUGCGGGAGGCCAGUAUGUCAAUUAUAGAUUUCCAGAGCUGUGCUGAGAAUACGAAAUCGUUUCAACCGCUGCUGGCGAAGGGAAGAAACUAUUGCGCGGGAAAUCGAGGGGAAACAACCGUCUGCAGAGGCGAUAGUGGUGGUGGAAUGUACUUCUUGAUCGACUACACGUGGUACAUAAGGGGUAUUGUUAACCAGGGAACCCCUACCCAGGACACCCGCUAUCCGUGUGAUCCCAAAAAGGAGGUCAUCUUUAUGGACGUGACCUUCUACCAGAAAUGGGUUGAGAGAUAUGCUCUCCCGAAGAAGCAUAAUCGGAUGGGAUUGCACGAGUGUGGCCUAGGCGAUUAUAUGGAAUCAUCGCAAAGACUCGACAAGGUGCUGGCCCCGGUGAGUAAUCCUUGGAUAGUACACCUGCACUAUCUUUUCUGGGAUCGAUUCUAUGUGAGCGAUUGCCACGGGCUGUUGAUACAUGUGGAAUUUGUGCUCACGCUGGCGAGGUGUCUGGUGGAUCGACCAAAUCGGAAAUUAAUUAACGUUAUCUUAGGUGAGGAUUUGAUUGGAUCAGAUCCUUACGAUGAGAGUCAAUCAUAUCUUCAAGUGCUGGGAAUAUCAGAUGUUUUUAUACAUGAAAAAUUCCAAAACGAAGGAUAUGGCUAUGACGUCGGCUUGGUGCGAUUAAUAAGUAAGGCUGAUUUUAGUAGAGAUAACAUAAAACCCAUAUGUCUUCCAUCAUCGUUGGAGCCGGUUCCGUACUACAUCCUCACAGCGUGGUAUCGCCGCGAUGAUCACCCGAAACAGCUGAAGAAUUCGCUCAUGCGGGAGAUUCGAUUCAGUGCCUGCAGUGCGAUGUAUCGCCGCACAGGAGUUGAGACCAAACAGGAAGAUUGUCUGAUUUGUUUCCAGCACUGCAAGCUUUCCGAUAAGAUAUUGGCCAACGGAACACAUAGCUGUGAAUUGAUUAGUGAGGAGGGAUGCAGCGUUCCCAUUUCCGGCGGACCAGUCUACUACACAGCACACGAUGGGUUCAAUACCUAUACCUAUCUGGUCGGUCUCAGGUCCUUCGGGUCAGCGAAAUGUGAGGAUAAAUUUAACGAUAUGUACAGUGAUAUGGUUACGCUUGGACCUUGGAUCAAGAGGAUUGUGGAGGAGAACGCACUGUUUAUUGACAAUGUCUGAGCAGUUUUUUUGAAGAUUUGAAGAUUUUUAUUAAUUCGUUCCAAUGUCACUUACUUAAAGGAGGUAACAUAAAUUGUGAUUAGAGUUAAUUUUUCAUGUUUUGAAUUUUCUAAUUACACUAAUUUUCAAUUA